GAUACCGUCCUAGGAAAACGCUCCUCUCCGUUCUCUAUCCUGACUAAACCCUCAAAGGGUCAUCCUAGACAAGAGACGCAAAGAUAUCACGCCCACAUAAAUAUUUUACCUACCUACCUACAUACAUAGUACCUAACCUACCUACAUAUCAACUAUCAACUAUCUACCAUACCAUUCAUUCAUUUUCUACUUUCUCUGAUAUAUGCCCCCUUUCCCCAGAUUUACUCACACUCUACAUCUACGUAACGGGCUCGAUCUUGUAGUUUGGGUAGGACAAACUCGUUCUACAGCCGGAUGGGAUUUUGAGACAUACCAACUUGAGUUUCGCAACGAACUAUAGCCUUACUCGAUACUCUCUCGCUUGCCGCUGGCUGUACUCCAUGACGACGUCACAAUGUUGAGAAGGCCCUCAAUCGCGACCCGACGGUAUACGAGCACAAGAUGAACGGUGAUGCGAGCCUCGUUGGGUGCUUGGUCGAAAGACUUACAACUAGGCUUCCGCAUCGCACCGGCACGCCAGGUCAAGACCUUCAGCAUGACGAUGUUGCUGUCAUCACACGCGCGACCCUCGUAAAUAUUAGCGCCACAUCCAUAGCAGUCGUACUCGAACAGCUCAUUUCGCUUCUAGAAGAGCUCGCCCGCCCGUACAAGACUUUCGCAAGUCAUCCAUCCUAUAUUCUCCUUUCUGAAGUCUACAUCCUAUCACUAGCUGCCGAUUGCUGCUCUGCUCAUUGGCAAGCACUCCGCGAUGCCGGCACUAAUGGCGCAGUCGAGCUGUCCGGUUCCGGACCUCUGGAACCCGAGUCGUUGGAUGAUUUGCUGGUGACUAGGGUAUUUGAUCUCCUUAAGCGUUUCCUUGAACCUUUGACAGAAGGCUACGCCCUGCCUGCUAUGACAGUAUUGGAUGAGAAAUCUGCACGGGAAAUUUUCGAUGUUCGGUUUAGGGAUCCAAUCCCUAGAGCCACAUCUUCAAGUGGUUCAGAGGACUCCCGAGAGACCAAGCUAACGGGAACCAACGACGGGGAUGACAUUGAGCCGUACAUCAAGACUAUCAUUGAAUUUGUAACAGCAUCAAGUUGGACAGCCUCCUUCGAAUAUGUUAGGAAUGUUAUUUACAGCAUUCGAGCUACAGCUCCAACACAGGUGGUUCCGACGCUGGCAGUGGCCGAAGAGGAAAAAACCUCGUUGGUGGUAUUGCGUUUAAUCUCUUACAUGUGGGUUGAUGGCCAGAAAUUAGGGAUAAUCAUCCAAGAGCUGUGCUCUAGUUUCCUACAUUUUCGAAGACCGCAUCAGAACACUGUUGCUGUCAUCACGCCACCUUUAAUCACUGGAUGGAUCGAACGCUAUCCUAACGAAUUUGUCACCUUACACGUUCAACACAAGAAGCUAGAGGGCGGACCUGAUACACUUUUUGAUAUGACAUAUACGCUGAGCGAAACUGGGAAAAGACGGUCGAUACUCUAUCCCUUUCAAACCUUCCUCCUCAUGUUGAUCCCCGAUGUAUUCGAAGUGGCGAGCAAUAUGCGGGAUGCUAAGACCGGUGGUAUGGCUAAGAAAGUUGCAUUUCUCGAAACUCUAAGGAAGGCACUUAGGAAUAAGAACGACGCAGCUGGCUAUUGCCUCGUGAGUCUCCUCCGGGCUGCCCGCCAUUUUGACGAUGAUGGAGAUGCUGCCAUUGUAAGCUAUGCUAUGGACGUUCAGGACGAGGUCCGAGAUGCCGUUUUUCGUCGAUACCACCCGAACGGAGACAGUGGCUUGUUUGAUCAAGAUUUGACUACCGCAGCCUUCAUUAGUCUCACGCAUCUAAAUCUCGAAGGCACAAUGGAGUCGCUGACGCAGUCCUGCCUUGAUCCUUCUGCUCCUCAAUCCUUCAAGAUCGCGAUUAUCCAGGCGUGCUCGUACUUUGCACGUCAACCCGAUUCUGAGAACUAUAACCGCUUGUUUGUCCAGGUUGCUGGCUACAUACAAGACCAACUUAAGGCGAUGUCUGCGAUUUCGGCAGAUAUGUAUAUAGGAGAUCGCCACUCCCAACGCAAAGCUUCGGAAACAAACUCGACUACAACUAGAAUGAUAUGCAAUAUCUUGAGUUUCCUAGACGCCUCUCCGACGACUUUAUUCGAAGGUUCCCCCGCCGAUAGCGCGGAUGCUGAACAGUUUUACGAGGAGAUUUUCGAAGCUUUUGUCUCUUGUCUCGUAACAGCAAAUGACUCCGUUCGAGCUCUGGCCAGCAGCUUGGCCAAAAAGCUCCUCUCUCGGAAUGGAAUUCUCUCUUCUCUGCGUAAAACAAAGCGUCUCGACUCGCACAGUUUCGGAACCAAGUUUUGGAGACUAACAUCACUUGUUAUUAUGGAAAUGUGUGAGAAGCAUGAACAAAAUGAGGAUGAUACAUUACUCAAGUUUAUUCAUGGGUACCUUGAAUCACGGUUGCUUCUUUUAAGAUCAAUACAGGAGUUGUCCGUUGUGUCCGAGGAUAUUCCAGAACGCAUAACAACAUCAACUAAACUUGAGACCCUUUUCCUCACAUCACUCUGUUCUGCUGAUAUUGAGAUCUGCCAGCUUGUGACGUCUUGCAUCGGCCUCUUCAACGAGGAAUGCCGUAUGUUAGAUGCGACUGUAGGUGCGGGCAAGACAGUUAAUUUAAUUCUACGAAACAGCGAUGUUUUUGGCGAGAUUGCUUCUCCAGACUUCAGAUUUACAGGAAUGAUGGCUUUCCAAAAACGAAUCCGUGCCCUUUUAAGGCGGAUGCAGUACCCGAGUGCGGGCAUCCUGGAUGCUUGGGAGAAGGCUUUCGACAAAUGGCUUCACUUAUCCAAAGAUGUCUCAACGACGUCCGCCGACAGCAUUGAUGAGAAGAGCUUUUCCGAGUGGAGGAAUCUGUCCGGAUUUCUCGCGUCUCUUGGUGGCAUCUGCACGGCCGAACAAGCUUAUGUUAUUGAGGAACCAGCCGCUGGUGGCCUGCGAUGGAUCGAUCGGCUUUCGUCUGAGAACCACGAGGAGCCCCUUCUGAAUAGAUACCUCCAGCUUAGCACUCAGCUCCUCGCGUGCACAAACGUGCGAGUUAGGGAGACUACACGAGAAGUCCUUUCCGUCGACAUAUCCCCGACCUUAUAUCAACCCUUGUUCAAAGCACUCGAAUCAGAACUGGAGGUGCUUUUUACAGGUGCCCUCGAAACAUCUAGUAAAGGGCAGGAUGUUGAGAUUGUAUUCGCUGAGCAAGCAGCUUCCUUACUCAAAGCUUUGGUGGAGCGGUUACAAACUCCAUACGAGCUGGGAGCUGCGUCAUCGGUCCAUUUCAGCUCCCUCGGACUGAGCUUUGCAAAGUUCCUGGACGGGGUAGCUGAUAACAUGGCCAGUCUGCGAGUAAAAAUAAAGAUUUGCCAGUUAUGCGAGUCUGUUAAUAGGAAAAAGGAGCAUUUAAAUCUUCGCGAUGAUGUUCGGAAACGAAACCAACUAUUGGAAUACAUAUUCAGCUGGAUUGCUAGACCCCGGUCACCGCCAGCUGAGAGCAGCCAUAGUCAUAUCCUACGUCAAGAUGAUACGACUCGAAUCCAGAGAGAUCUCGAUAAAGCUUGCCUUCGCUGCCUCGCUGAACUUACGUAUAGGUUACCAUUACAGCCCGGAGAUGGCCAAAAUGAUGCUGGUGCCAGUGAGAUGAAGUCACAGAUGUUUCGCACAUACUUCAACCGAUUCCUGUCCUUGCUCAAUUACGAACCAUCGGACAGUAUCAGAGGAGAUGGUACUACACCUGCACCGCAUCGCGACGAAGCUGGGUCGACCUCCGAACUCGCCAUCACUAUUCUCUCGAAUCUCUUGAGUGCCAAUAUCGAUGUAGGCCUCAAGUAUUCUCUAAGCAUUGGCUACAACGAGAAUAUGGAGAUUCGUACCGCGUUUGUGAAGGUACUCUAUAAUAUACUCGUCCAAGGAACCGAGUUCAGCAACUUAUCCGACAAGGCCGUGAAUGAGAAAUAUGACGAGCUUUUAGAGCUUCUUACCCAUGAUAUGAACCUUGCUGUUGCUAUCAGCUCAGUCUGUCCAAGUGGCGAGGUCGAGGAACUCACCAUUUCGAUGCUCAACAUUUUCGAUUCUCGAGGACUAGUGUUCGAUCUCAUGGAGGCACUGAUUAAACAAGAAAUCGAGGAUACUGAGAACGAGUCAGAGAUACUCCGCCGAAAUUGCGUUGCAACCAAAAUGCUUUCCAUCUACGCAAAGUGGAAAGGAGCGAAUUAUCUCAAGGCCACACUUCAAAAGGUUGUCGAGAGAUUGAUGUUAACUUCCAAGGACCUCGAUCUAGAGCUUGACCCAACGAGGAUUUCAUCUCAGGAAGAACUUCAGAAGAAUGCAACCCAAUUACGAAUUGUUGCCAAAGUCUUUAUCGAUGAUAUAUGCGCAUCGUCUACAAACAUUCCUCGUUCGUUUAGAAAGAUCUGUAGUAUAAUAUCCUCUGCAGUGAUGCCAAGAUUCCAGGAGGCCAAAUAUACAGCUGUCGGAGCCUUCAUCUUCUUAAGGUUCUUCUGUCCUGCCAUAGUUGCGCCAGAGGCAGAGAACCUUGUGGGUGUGCCGCCGUCUAAGGAGAUGCGGCGUGGUCUGCUCCUAAUUGCCAAAGUCGUCCAGAACUUAGCCAAUAACGUUCUGUUCGGGGCAAAGGAGCCUUACAUGUAUCCUCUGAAUGACUUCUUAACGCAGAACAUAUACCGUGUUACUACCUUUCUCCGGGAGAUUUCGGUCCCCCCAGCCACACUUGAUAAACCUCUCUCGAAUGGGGAGAGUUAUGAGUUUGGCUCCUGCGUUGCUCUACACCGGUUCUUGUACGACCAUUGGGACCACGUCCGGCAAAGACUCAUGUCACAAGAAAGACGAGAAUAUGUUCGUUCACCUAACGAACUAGUCCGUGGCCGAUCGCCCGUACUCGAGCCGUUACGAGCUCUCGUCGCCAAUCUUGGGCCGCCUCCGUUAGCGAUCACUUGGAACCGCCCUCAACUCACUCUGAACACCCCUAUCGCUUACUCUAGAUUCCAGCAUUUCAUGCUUCGUAACGCUUUCCGGAGUACUGAUUCUUUCAUGACAUCCCGUGCUAUUUACGACGGCGGUGAGAGCAGAGACGGGCUCUCAAUUAUUUGUGUAAUUCUCCGUCAUCUUAAUCAGGAUUCCAUGGACUAUGACACUGUUUUGUAUUCCUUCUUGAAGAUCACAAGUCGGUUAUGGCAUAAACCUUUUGGAGUACUAAUCGAUGCGACAUGCUAUGAGGCUACAAACGAUCCUCCAGAUGAUGUUCUCAAAAAGUUGGAUCUUCUCAGUCCGUCCGAGGUAUCUCAGCAGUUAUCUAGGAUAUAUGUCUACAACAUGAACAGCACCUACCGGAAAACUUUGCGGCGUAUACUCCGUGUGGCUACUAAGAGCAAUACGAACUUCUUGUAUCCAGGUAAUGUGGAGUGGCUGCUCCUCGGCAGCCGUCUUGAGCUCCAAGCACAUUUUCACUUAAGCCAGCUCCACCUUCCGAAGGAGACCAUCAGUAUAGCCACUGAUUCUCGAUACACAUAUCAGCCAGUCACACGGCUGUCGAAGACUAAGGGAAAGAUUGAUGUUACUGUUGGGGUUGGUAGCUCAUUCGUUCAGGUGACUACUGUAAAGAAGCAAGAGGUUCACCCAACUUUCCGUAUACACGGGAUCGUCAACGAUAUAUUCCACCUUAAGGAUCUAGAUGAAGCACCAACAUCGAUCCCUACUGAAGAUGAUUCUGCAUUCGGCUUACGUGCGGACAAUGGGAAAAUUGUGAUGUACUUUCAGAGUGCCAGGAAAGCUGAUCUAUUGAAGGAAAUUCGAAAGGCUAAAGCAAUGUUGGGCAAGGAUACUAGGACCUUGAAAUCGUUCGAACGUCUUAUUCGACCUCAGGAUGUUCCGGGGACGUUACUCAACCUUGCGUUGACUAAUCUUGCCUCCGCUGAAGCUCCGCUACGGAUUGCAUCGUACAAUCUGCUUGGCGCUCUUUGUAGAGCUUUCAAGUUCAAGGCAGCCUCGAAAUUCAUGUGUAUCAAAGAUGUGUCCGUUCCCUUGGACCCCACGCAAUUCAUUAUCAACAUCAGUAAGACUAUAGCCCAGGAGGAGCCGCAGCUAACAUCAGACUUCCUCAACGAGUUCUUUGUGGGGUGGGAAAGCUUCUCAGAUGAUCAAAAGCCAUUGAGCCUAGCUUACAUGUCACCAUGGAUACCAAGUCUGCGGACGUCGUUGUUAACAGACGAAAAUGACAGCGAAAAGGGUAAAGAAAAGAUAGCCUCAAUCUUCCGGAAGCUGAUAGACGUGACGAUAACGGAGCCGUCGCUGGCCCUGACCUUGGAAUAUACAGCUUGGCCAGCAAUCUACAAGGAUGAAGUUCUCUUGGACAUAUUCCUCGAGGAGAUCAUCAAGGCAGCCCUGGCUGUAGGAGUGUACGACGACCAUACUCAAUGUUUAACAUCGAUUGUGACAGCUCUUGGCACGAUAACUCUUCGUGGCAAGAUAAUAUCCAGGCUCCGAAAGGCCUUAAACAGAUCUUCGCUUCGACCCACGAAGUAUCUCCCAGAGAAUGCCGUUUGGAAUGAGAUUUGCAUCUUGCUCCAGUUCUGCCUUUCACUUUCUUUUGACUGCGGUGUCCAAUCGCAGUUAUAUCUGCCAGAGAUAUUUCACAUAGUCACCAUGCUAUCAAACACGGGUUCUUAUGACAUCCGGGCGCUAGUUCAUCGACUGCUGAUCAAUUCAAUCCACGCGGCUUGCACCUCCUUUCGACUGGAGGAUGCGAGACUAACCAAACUCCGCGGCACGCUUGAAAUUCUAGCCGAGCCAAGAAAUGACAGCCUCUCUGUGCCUCUGGUUUUAGCACGAGAUGGAACAUCCAUCUCGACAACGCAAGAAGCCGGACCAGCUCUCUCUGUCAUAGAGAAUUUGGCUACCUUGCUAUUCGAGACAUGCUCUGUGGCAGCGCCAUCUGUUGACAUGGCCAACGCAUGGCGGUCAAGGUGGAUGAGCUUAGUAGCCAGCACUGCUUUCCAGAACAAUCCAGCAAUUCAGCCUCGAGCUUUCACGGUGAUGGGCUGCUUGGCCCGCGAGGAAGUCGACGACGACCUACUCUAUCAAGUUCUCGUAGCACUACGUACUAGUGUUGGCCGCUUCGGGGACGACAACGGUAGCGACAUGCUUGUUGCUAUCGUCACAUCCUUAUCCAAGAUGAUUUCUAAGCUCACUUCGCCUUCGCGAUAUGGGCCACAACUUUUCUGGUUGGCGAUGUCACUAGUCCGCCUUGUACCAGCAAGCCUAUUCAAUUGCACUGCACAAUUUUUGGAAGCCGUCCUGACGAACCUCGGAACAACCAACGAAAUAAGGGAUAAUAAGAUGGCGCAAUAUCUUACACAAGGCCGGGCGCAGUUAGAAGAGGCUACUAUACCGUUGGACGACAUAUAUGGUGUCCAUUUUACACUAGAUAGUUUCCACUUUGCCGUCUGCGCUUGUCUUGCGCGAGGGCUCACCGACCCUGCCACCAAGCUUCCGGCGCUUCGGGUUCUGUCGACCCUCCUUGAAAUGACGACGGACAGCUCGGGAAAUCAGUCUAAGCACUUUUCAAAGGAAUUUCACGCAUCGCCUUACUUAGCCCUCAUCCAAGCUCGGGCCAUUACGCCCGAAGACUUGAAGGAGUGCCUCUGGUCGGCCGGUAUAAACCCGCUUCAUGUUGCCAACUUGGGGCCGGUUCGUACCUUGGAUGAUCUAGAAGCCAUGAAUGACAAGGACCUUCUACUCAAUACAGCAAUCGAGCUAGUAGAUUUCCAAAUAUUAGACGAAUCGGUACAGACACAUACUAUGGUGUGGUUAAAUGAACUGGCACUUGGACGACCAGAAGUUGUCGUGCAUCUAUGCCCUACCGUUUCGUCAUUCCUAGACGAGGUGCUAUUGCACGGCCAGAGCGCUGCAUUGCUGGGGUCAGCGCAUGCUCUGCUCCAAACUUUAUCCUCUAAUCCUCGGUUCACGAGCGCAUUGGAAAGCAACAGUGUGUUGAACGACAUAUUAGAGGACUUGGGAUUUGAGGGAUUGUGGCGUCCAAGUACGUCCACACAGAGCCAGGACCCGGACAGGCAGUGUGCUAUAUUGACAGAGAAGCUUAUUGAGGUUAGUAUUACACACACACAAAAGGUGUAGGGAGAUAUAUGUAUUAGGUACUAACACAUGGCGCAGCUUAUUAUCAUAUAGUGCAUAGUGCUGGAGCCAUAUAAGGGGUGUGAAAGAUUUAGGAAUUUCAGGUUCACGAUUUGAGAAAGAUAUAGAAAAACAUAAAACUGGGAAGAGAAAAAUGAUAAUGAAGUAUACUCGCACGAGGGGAAGGAAAGCAAUGAAAACUCAUUAACAAAAGGCCAUAUGGAAUAAGGAUGAGAAAGCGAGCUAUCAUUUUAAAUGUUUGUUAUUUUACGUUGCGGCGAAGUGGUGCAGAAUGGUUAUGAAGGCCGGGCACCAAGAUACCCCUAACAGAAUUUAAGCUAUCUCGAUUCUCGAUUCUCUAUAGACUCAUCCAUACCUAGGUACCUUCUCAGUCCCUACCAGUAGCCUGUAGGUAUGUACUAUAUCCAUGAAUACAGGUAGGUAUUGUACCAACCUUAGGCACAUACUAGGUAUCUACUAGGUACUAGGUAGGGUAGGUAUGUAGGUUAGUAGAGUACUAGAGUCUAGGUAGCCUAAGGUAGGGCCUGGUAGGCGGCUAGGUCAGGGUUAAUAGGUAACUAGGUGCUAGAUAUACG